CAACCGCCGACUGAAUCGCAAAGAGAUGCGUACGAUUUCUUCAUUCACAAAAAAUCGACGUGCCAUUAAUUACACUUGUGUUGAGACUCUGAGGUUCAAUGGACACAGCAGUUUUACGAGCGCUCACCUCUCCUUCCGGGGCUGAACAACAUUUAUUAUCAAGAACCAACUGAUAAUAUAAAAGCCAGUUAAUGGCCGAUAUCACGAAAGGUUAAAACACGCCAUCAUGACCACAUCAUCGUCUACAAAAAUUUUCAAGCUUUGGCCUCAGUGGUUGGCUGCCUGCACAAUUCACGUUCUAGCUCUACUAGUUGGCUUGGCGAUUGGUUCUACAUCACCGUUUUUGGCGAGACUGACAAGAGGAACCGAAGAAAUAACAAUCACCUCUGAUGAAGCUUCAUGGAUCGCUUCGUUAUUCAGUCUGACUCGUCCAAUUGGUGCGAUAAUUGCAGCAAUAAUCGCACGAAGAUUGGGAUCCAAGAAGUCGGUGCUGCUUGGUGGGAUUCCUCAUGCCCUGGCUUGGACCUGUUUACUGAUCAAACAAUCACUUCCCUGGAUCUACGCAUCAAGAAUAAUGAGUGGAUUCGGCUUGGGGAUGUACUACAGUACCUUUCCUCUGUACAUCGGUGAGAUUGCCGAUCCGAGAGUCAGAGGUGCAUUGAUCAGCAUCAUUGUCCAGGGAUUGGCUAUUGGAACUCUCCUGGGAAAUCUGUUGGGGGCGUACGUAGAGAUCGUGACGUUUGCUGUCAUCAGUCUUUUAGUGACUGGACUUUUCUUCUUUCCAUUCAUGUUCUUUCCGGACAGUCCACUUUAUCUGGUUCAAAACGGGAGGAUGGAGCAGGCUGAGAUGGCCCUGCAGUGGUUCAAUCGCCGGAGUGAUGUGAAGACUGAGUUGGAAUCAUUGAAGACAUUCACAGGAACACAACCAAAUCUGUCCUUAUGGCAGUCGCUUCUCCAAUUAUCUACACGGUUGCAUGCAAAGAUCGUCGUAAUUGUUCUAUUCAUCUACAUCUUCAUGCAGAUGGCUGGUCUCUUCACCAUUGGACUCUACAUGGAGAUUCUUCUGACCAGCUCUCUUCGAGUUGAUGUAAUCACACCGUCUCUGGUUGUCGUAAUCGCAGGAUUAGUUGCAAUAGUCUCUAGUUUAAUCUCAAUGUACACUAAUGAUUACUUUGGGCGACGAAUCAUGCUUGCUGCUUCCUGCAUUGGAGUCUCCGUCAAUUUGUCCCUGCUAGGGAUCAAUUCCUUGCUGAUUAGGAAUGGCUUCGGUGAUCCCAUCUUGCAGUGGUUGAGCAUCAGUGGAAUGAUGAUGUACCAGUUUUUUAUUUAUAUGGGAAUGCUGCCGAUCUCCAAUUGUCUGAUGGCGGAAUUAUUUCCUCCGCAGCUCCGGGAAAUCGGUCCUUGCCUGGCGAAUAUCACUUCGGGUGUCUUUGCAUUUCUCAUGAGCAAAAGUUAUCAACCGCUGCUAGACGCGACAUCCACGGAAUUCAUGUUCUGGUUCUACGCACUCGUCGCUUUUGGCAUGUUGAUAUUUACGAUAGCUGCUAUUCCGGAAACUAAAGGUAAAUCCCUUCAGGAGAUUCAGCGGAUGUUGAGGGGUGUGUGUGCAUCGGAAAAUAAUGGGUCUCCCGAUAAAUCACAGAAAGAGGAAGUGGACAGCACCAGAAUGUGAACAUAUUGUCAUAUUGCAAUGAAUGAACAUUCUAAAUGAACAAAUAGUCGGAUCUGUCUAUUGAAAACCCGCGGAAAUGAAUUCUAGUCUCACGUUUUGAGGAAAUCCAAUGUAUCUUCGCGUGCUCCAUGAUCUAUCCUGAGCCGUUUUUGGAUAACAAAGGGAUCUCAGGAUAGAAUGGAAUGACGA